CUGCUUUUGCAGCCGCCCCCGCAUCUGCUUCCUUCUGCAGCCCCCUCGUGAGCGGCCCGUUGGGCCUGAGGCUGCAGGAUGGUGUCUUGGAUGAUUUGUCGCCUGGUGGUGCUGGUGUUUGGGAUGCUCUACCCGGCUUACGCUUCCUACAAGGCAGUGAAGACCAAGAACAUCCGGGAGUAUGUUCGGUGGAUGAUGUACUGGAUCGUCUUUGCACUCUUCAUGGCAGUGGAGAUCUUCACCGACAUCUUCAUUUCUUGGUUCCCCUUCUACUAUGAGAUCAAGAUGGCCUUCGUGCUGUGGCUGCUCUCGCCCUACACCAAGGGGUCCAGCCUGCUGUACCGCAAGUUUGUCCACCCAUCCUUGUCCCGCCAUGAGAAGGAGAUUGACACCUACAUCGUGCAGGCCAAGGAGCGCAGCUAUGAGACAGUGCUCAGCUUUGGGAAGCGGGGCCUCAAUAUCGCUGCUUCAGCAGCUGUGCAGGCUGCUACCAAGAGUCAAGGUGCACUGGCUGGAAGGCUGCGAAGCUUCUCCAUGCAGGACCUGCGUUCCAUCCCUGAUGACCCUGCCCCUACCUACCACGAUCCCCUCUAUCUGGAGGAACAGAUGCCCCGCCACAGGCCUCCCAUCGGAUACCGUACAGGGGGCUUGCAUGACAGUGACACCGAGGAGGAGUGCUGGUUGGAUACGGAGGCAGCUGCUGAGCCACCAGCCCGGCCCCGAGAGAAGCCUCUGAGCCGAAGCCAAAGUUUGCGUCUGGUCAAGAGGAAGCCACUGACGCGGGAGGGCACUUCGCGUUCCCUCAAGGUUCGAACAAGAAAAAAGCCGGUGCCCUCAGAUUUGGACAGCUAGGUUCUGUGGAACCUGGCUCAGUCUUACCUCAUGACCUGCAAGGCACCAGGACUGUUUGGAGGCUCCAAUGAGUCUAGCCUCUCUAGAUCAGCUGCCCGACUCUGCCCUCCUGCCUCCUGCUGUUGGUUAAGGGCCAGGGACCAAGGGGCCACCAGGACCCAUGCAGGGCUAUCCCUGCCUGCUGUGAACCAAAACAGGCUGGGCUCAGAGUUCUAUUUAUUGCCUUUCCCCUUCUGUGCCUUCCAAGGUUUGGGACCAUAGGCCCCCACAGAGCCUUGCAAAUGAAACCAGGAGCCCUUGGGCUACAUGAAUUCCUUCCUGUCCUUUAAAGUACUUGACUGCCUUCUCUCAGGCAUUCUGUGUGUCUGGCUGUAUGGUUCUUGUUGGUGAAUGAGAUCAGAUUUGUGUAAGUUUUGAUAAAUAAAUACACAAAAGUCU